GCGGCGGCGGCGGAGGGCGCGGGGCCGCGGGGCGGAGCGGCCGCCAUCAAGCGGAGUGUGGCAAGGAGUGAGCAUCCCCGGGGCAAGCCGCAGCGGGGCCGGCAGGAGAGGAGGUAACGGGAGCAGCCGCACCGCUACAGCCACCCGGAGCCGGCGGGGGACGUGCCGGGAGACCCCCGGGGUAGGCACGGUGGGGAGGCGCCGGCUCCCUCCCGCCUUGGGAGGCAGCGCGGUUAGGGUGGGGGCCUCGCCGGCAGCACCCGGGGCCGGCUGCAGAUUGUGAUUUGGAGUCGUGGAGAAUUCACAGCCUUUUCACAAUGGGAGAAAGGACAGAUUGUGCUAAGUCUCAUAGCUCACUGGCUGAAUACAGCCCCAUCAAUAAAUCAGACAAGAUCGAUCCCAAUGACAACUCUGAAAUGCAGGAUGGAAACCAAAAUACAAUGCAAUUGAAGAAAGAAAUAUCUCUGCUAAAUGGGAUAAGCCUUAUAGUAGGCAACAUGAUUGGUUCAGGUAUUUUUGUCUCUCCCAAAGGAGUUCUCAUCUACAGCAAAUCUUAUGGAUUGUCUCUAGUAAUUUGGGCAAUUGGAGGGAUCUUUUCAGUCUUCGGAGCUCUCUGCUAUGCUGAACUUGGAACCACUAUUACAAAGUCAGGAGCGAGCUACGCGUACAUCUUGGAGUCUUUUGGGAGCUUCAUUGCUUUUAUUCGUUUGUGGACCUCACUCCUAAUUGUUGAGCCAACGAGCCAGGCGGUUAUUGCAAUCACCUUUGCUAACUACAUAGUUCAACCUUUCUUCCCAUCUUGUGAUCCUCCAUACAUUGCUUGUCGGCUCAUAGCAGCUGCUUGUGAAUGUCUUCUAACAUUUAUAAACUGUGCCUACGUUAAAUGGGGAACACGGGUGCAGGAUAUAUUUACUUAUGCUAAAGUUGCUGCUCUUAUUGCCAUCAUCGUAACUGGACUUGUUAAAAUAUGCCAGGGAUAUUCAUCGCACUUUGAAAACUCUUUUGAAGGAUCCUCUUUUGAUAUCGGGGACAUUUCCCUUGCACUCUAUUCUGCAUUGUUCUCUUACUCUGGUUGGGAUACGCUCAAUUUUGUAACUGAAGAGAUCAAAAACCCAGAAAGGAACUUGCCGCUGGCCAUUGCAGUGUCUAUGCCAAUUGUGACUGUUAUCUACAUCAUGACCAAUGUUGCUUACUAUACAGUGCUGGAUGUUCGAGCUGUUCUUUCUAGUGAUGCUGUGGCAGUGACAUUUGCUGACGAGGUAUUUGGCAUCUUCAGUUGGACAAUUCCCAUUGCUGUAGCCUUUUCUUGUUUCGGUGGACUUAAUGCUUCAAUUCUAGCAUCAUCAAGGCUAUUUUUUGUAGGAUCUCGAGAAGGUCACCUUCCUGAUCUGUUGUCUAUGAUCCACAUAGAGAGGUUCACACCUGUGCCAGCACUGCUUUUCAAUUGUGCUAUGACCCUUAUUUACCUGGCUGUGGAAGAUGUCUUCAAGCUUAUUAAUUACUUCAGUUUCAGUUACUGGUUUUUUGUUGGUCUGUCUAUUGCUGGCCAAUUAUAUCUACGCUGGAAGGAACCAGACCGACCCAGACCUCUUAAGCUGAGUGUGGCUUUCCCGAUAAUAUUCUGUAUAUGUUCAGUAUUUCUGGUGGUAGUGCCACUCUAUAGCGACACCAUAAAUUCAUUGAUUGGAAUUGCCAUCGCUUUAUCUGGAAUUCCAGUCUUUUUCUUGGGAGUCUAUUUACCUGCAUCAAGAAGACCUCAAUUUAUCACCAAGAUUUUAGGUACAGUCACGCGAAACAUGCAGCUGCUCUGUUGCUGUGUUUUAACAGAGAUGGACACAACUGAAGAAAAGAAACUAGAAAUCAAAUCUAACUAAAAUCUCAAAGCCAUAACAAGAACAGGAGGGAGGCUAAAGCAAUUACAACAAGAAAGGGAAGAAAAUGGAACUGGAGAAAAUGUGAAAACCGUUUCCAGUGGUCUUUCAGAAAUACUGAAAGUGUACUUACUUGCAAUUGGAUUCCUGCAUAGAUCUUGUCCUCAUGUCGUCGUCGUCGUCAUCCUCAACUGUGGCAUAUUUUCAGGGCCUGUUUUCAAUAGAUAAUUAUUACCUGCUCAUUUCAAGCAUACAAGCUAUAUGUCAAUACUGUUCAUUCUGAAUUUUCUUCAGAAUUGGUAGUAAAAUGGUAAGAGCUAAUGGAUCAAAUCAGCUGUCUGCAGAACCAGCCAGUAAUGCAUUUUUAAGUUAAGCUGAAAACCACUUUGAGUCAAAAGACUGAAGGCCAUUUCCAACUUAAUUCUGAUGGUUGUUUGCAUGAAAUGAUUUGCUGUGCUAUCUCAGUUCUUAUCCCAGAAGACAACUGGUCACAACAACCCACAUAAUUUGUCAUUAGUAGCAGAAAAAUCAAUAAAGUUAUGCUACAUUAUUUAAAGACUUUCUCCCUUGAAGAGGAACGUAUUAUUUCUAUAUGCUUCAUGGAAAUGUGGUAUGGGUCUCUGGCAAGGAUUUAAUCAACAAAACACCUUUCACAACAUACAGGUUUCCUGGCACUGAAGAUUUGAUUUAGGAUUUAAUGAUUAUGCGCUAAUUCUUUCCUGCUGUCUCAUUAGUGCUUGGUCAUCUUCUGACAGGUUACAUGAAGUUUCAAAAAUUAAAAUGUUCAGUCUGAAGC